AUUUAGACUGUCUAGUCUAUCUAGUCUGGGUUUCCACCCUUUCACACAAUUUCCGACCUUGGUUUCCUGACCAACGCCAUGAACUUCCUUGAUGCAUACGGUAUUGCCGGCACUGGGACCAGCACUCCGCCCGCCGGCGAUCGCCCAGAGCAAAGCCUAAACGAAGAGGUGUCGCAAGUUAUUGGCACCCUCGGUCAUUUCUGGGGAGGGUUUAAGAAGCAGGGUGGGGUAGUGUUCGCAAAUGCACGACGAGAUCUCAGCCAAGUUGUCACCCAGGCUCAGCGAGAGAUUGGGAAAUUCACGACGGCCAGGCCGACCGGUGACCCCGCUGAGAAUGAAUCCUCUUCAAGAGACGAGCGUGAAGUGGAAGCCGAAGGGCAUCAAGAAGGGAACGAAUCGAACGAUACAGGGCCCAGUACACCAACUGCAGAAGAGACGGAUCGCACUCACGAACCCACUACGGUAUCAUCGACAUCCUCGGCCUCAACACCACAGUCGUUCUUCACGCGCAUACGUUCAUCUCUUCCACCAAACGUAGUUUCCACCGUACAGGCACAUCUACCAGAAAGUCUCAAGAACGCCGAAAGCAUAGACCUUUCUCAGCUGCGCAAUACCCUCUCGGCGGAGUUCCAGCGAGUUCAAGGAGUCACACGCGCGCAAGCAGAGGAGUAUGUACACAAGAGUGAAGUCAUUCUUCGAGAGGCAAUGAGGGAAGCGAGCGAAGUCCUUCGAGAUGCGGUGAAAGUCAUCCCACCAGAGGAGGCGGGUUCCGAGCCCGGUGCCGGUGUCGUGUGGGAUGGCGCAGAUGUGUGGAUGCUCCCCGGUUUGGCUGCUGGUGCAGAGGGGAGCAGGAGCAAUUCUAAGGGGAAGGCAAAAGAGUCUGACAGCUCUGCCCGUCUGUCAGAGGACGCGCGGCGUGCGGUGGCGACACGCGCAGAAUCAUUGUUGAAGCAACUCAGAAGUAACCCCGAAAUAACAAAGGUCGACCCCGCCGUAGAUUCCUCAAAGGAAUCAUAUCUAGCAUGGGUAAAUGAUCUUGAGGCAAGCGGUGCAGGGUUUGGCACUGAGGCGUGGUCGGGUCGAAUUGCUGACGCGCUGUCGGACCUCCACGAUGGUCUUUCAUUACAAGAUACUUUGGAUAGUCUUGUACCAUCAUACAUGCCCGAAGAAGUAUUCUGGGUCAGAUACUUCUUCCGGGUACAUCAAAUCGAACGAGAAGAAAAUAGGCGUAAGGCCCUGCUCCAAGCUACCGCUGAGAAGGAUGAAGAUUUUAGCUGGGAGGAUGAGGAAGAGGAACCUGAAUCCGCUAGACCCUCUCAUGCAUCCGUGAAAUCUUUAGAAUCUCAGCGCACCCUAGCUCCCCGCAGAAUGGCAGCCACCAGUGGUGGACACUCGACUUCCCUCAGCCCGGCUCUGAGCCCCAGACUCAGCAGUGAGGACAGUUAUGACUUGGUAUCUGCAACUGUUAGCAACGCAGAGGAUGUACGGGAAGGGCCAGAAAAGGCGAGCACAAAAGACGACUCGGAGGAUAGCGAUUGGGAGUGAUGGCGUGCUAGUUUAGUGCAAAUAUGGUGGGGGUUGUCAUACUUUUUCCUCGUCAUGUACUCUUGAUCAGUGACCUUGUAAUCUAAUCAUUAAUGGUUGUG